CCAAAACACGGGACGCCAAGACCACACAGCCCCUUGGCACGCACAUGCGAAAGGACGGGAAAACCUACAUUCUAAGAAGAAAAAUGCAGAAGAUGGGGGCAUGUUAGGAUAAAGUAUUGAAUUGUGCAACACAAGGGAAUAGCUGUUGAUGUCCAGCUGUCGACUUCCUACAAACCUAUCUGUGUCCUAGCCUCUCUCCCAUGCCCUAACUUUGCAUCAGUCUUUAAUGUGGUGUGCUUUGCUUCAACCAUGCCUGCAAUAUAUCAGAACCAUGCCUGCAGAAUCAUUUAAUCAUGCACCCAUUGAGCUCACUCCAGUCAUGUGGGAAGGAUAAUAUGCAUGAAGUCUCUAGGGGAUCAAGGAACCACUAUCUGAAGCAGGUCAGGUGCCAAGCUCAACUACACACCAAACCUGCCACCCCAACCCUGCAAGGUAUGCUUCAAGAAACCAAGAAGGAUGCGAUGGUGCAGGAGAAGUUCUUUAAUAAUCCUGCUGGGACUUUUGGUGGCAGGACUGGUGCUGAUAUGGGGUAAACCAUUCUGGCCUAAUUUUUCGCCCAGGGGCACGACCACAACCCAACCAAAUAUUACUCUGUUCUUUGCAAAUAUUCAUCAACUGUGGGUUGAGCCUGCCGAAGUACUGAAAACCUGCCAGGACAAGAAAGUUGACGUCCUGGUGAUUGUACCAACAUCAGCUGCAAACCACGAAGCCCGGGAAGCAGUCAGAAAAAGCUGGAAUGGCAAUUUUCCAGCAAACUGGCCCGUCAUGUUUUAUCUUGGAGCAACAAAUAAUCCUCAGUUACAGAAAAAGAUUGCUGAAGAAGGACGACAAUAUGGGGAUAUCGCCCAAGACCUCAGCUUUUUUGACUCGUACAACAAUCUGACUCUGAAGACAUUGAGCCUUGUCAGCUGGGCUCAGAAGUUCUGCAGAAAGGCUAAUUAUGUGCUUAAAAUAGACGAUGAUGUAUUCCUUAAUACCAAGAAAUUUCAUGAUUUUAUCACCUGUGUGACCAAUGCCAGGAAUGAUAUUUAUAAGAAGUUGUACCAGAAAAAUACAGUAACCCUUGGUGAGGAUGUCCUACAGGAUAAAUUUGAAGAAGAAAGUAUGCAGCCAAGUUCUUCAACUGAACUUUCUACAUGUGAAUCAUUUAAGCCAUAUGGACUUAUUAACUACUUUUUGAAUUCCAAGAGCCAUGACUAUGAGUCUUACAUAUUUGGGGGUUACUUGUACAAAAAUGUACAGGCUGACAGAAACCCAAGCUCCAAGUGGUAUCUGGACAGAAGUGUUUAUAGAUAUGACAGGCUCCCUCCAUUCUUAUCAGGCACUGCGUACAUUAUGUCGUCUAAUAUAAUUCCUCACCUCAUACAUGAGGCUAAGCAACAUCCUGUCAUUGCCCUUGAAGAUGUAUAUAUGUCAGGCAUCAUUGGAAGUCAAGGCCUGAAGUUGAAGCUGAGCCACCUUGACGGCUGGAGCAGGUUCCGUCCUCGUUGGGACAGCGUCUGCACUUACAAUGAACUCCUAACAGCACAUGGGCUCUCUCCUGCUGAGCUUUCCUCCAUGUCACUUGCUGUUGCUUCUUUAGACAAUGGUGCAUGUGAUGGAAUCCUGACACACAUUCUGAACAAUUUUAAUUCGCUGAUAUCAUAUUUAUUUCCCAGGGUGUCUAAGUGAGGAGACACAAUAAGAGGAUUGACAGUAAUUUCACUUGCCAUUUAAUGGGGAAAAGUCAACUGUGAUAAACUUAUUUAUUAAAAUAAAUGCAUUCAUAUUUAAGGCCUACCACUGUAAGGAAAAAGAGAGGAAAAGACUAUAACUUAAAGUAUAAUGUAAAAGUAAACUUACUUCUUAUGAAUGUUCUUAACUAAAUUGCAACAUUUUAAUAUUUAGGUACUUAAUGAACAGAAGGUAUGUAUAUGGACCACUGCUAUAACAUGUUGUUUUUAAUUACAUGACUCUUUUACUUCUCUUUUUGUGCAGGUACUUUUGAUAUACAUUCUCUUUCAGUUAUCAUUCCAUUAGUAGGGAAUAAAAUGUGUGAAAAUUAAUCUAUGGGUAAAUAGCACAUGCUUAAUUGCAGAAGCUCCAGAAGAGCAAAAUCAGUAUUCUAUACUCUGUCUAGUUUCAGGAAAUAAAAAAAAAUGGGUAGCACACCCUAGAGUAUGGAGGACUCUGAGUUGCCAAGUCUCUUUAGAGAAAUUGUAAAGGGGUGUAGAAGGAAGCAAAUUUUGAUGUAAAGCAAUAAAAAUAUAUCUUGUAUAAAUUUGAAAGAGAUGAAGAAAGGUAAAUGUUAACCGACUGGCACAUAAUGGAGACUUGGUACAUAGGGGUACUCCAGAGGCCAGAGUGGGUUGCCAUUUUUUUCCCCCUUUCCCGAGACUGGAGAAACUAUAGUAACCCUUUUUCUCUCCCUGUCAUCACUCUCAUUGUUGAUGGCCCAGGUUCCUGCUGGCAAAUGCCCUUCACUUACUAAAAUUUGAGCUAUAUCUUGUUUCAUGAUUGCAUGGGAUAGUGAUCCUCAGUUUCCUGAUUUUCUCCAUAUUGAUGAAAAUGAAUAUUCCUUACUAGCUAGUCAUACUGUAGUAUUAAUAAUGAUAUUAUCACCACACUCGGCUCUAAUUUAGAAGAUGGACUCUACUGUAACAAAAUCCUGUGAUUUGGGCAGUGCUUUACUGUGGAAAUCUGAUUAAUCUUAGCUUGUGUAUUUUUUAGAUCUUGACCAUACAAUUGUAGAAAAAUGAAUACAAUUGUAUUACUAAUAAAUCAUGCUACUUGAACUGUAUGGUGUGGCAAAAUGGCAUUUUGUGUGUGUGUGUGUAAAUGUAAUUGGGACUGAUAAUUUUUCUGUGCCUUAUUCAUUUAUACUCAGAAAAUAUUUGAAUGUUUGUAGUAAUAUUAGUUCAUACUGCAAGCUGUUCAUGAAUAUACUGGUAUUGAAAGUUGGCACAUUUUUUAUCUAUUUAAACUAAGAUAUUGUUUCUUGGAAAUUUGACUGAGACCGACAUGCUUGCAUACUAGCCCUAAGUUCAUAUAGUGACUUUGAGUAGCACUGAAUUACAGAACAUUUAGCUGUUACAUUAGAUAUAUACAAACCCUGCAUAAUACUUGUCUAAAUACAGACUGACAUAACGAUUAUAAUAAAAAUUUAAACCAC